GAGUUGUGGGUGUUCAUACAUUGUAGUAAGGAAAUGGAAGCUCCAAUGAAAUACAUUUUGGUCCUGGGGGUUCUUUUGUUUCUGGGCAUCGCCGAUGGUACCGGUGAAUGUGGAAAAUCAUCCCCAGAUCAAGAAGCUUUCAAGCUGGUUCCUUGUGCAGGAGCUGCAAUGAAUGUGAACACUACACCUUCAAAAUCUUGCUGCCUUCAGGUGAAGAAACUGGGCCAGAACCCAGCUUGCCUCUGCGCGGUCAUGCUUUCGAACAUUGCUAAAAGUUCUGGGGUCAAACCAGAAGUUGCCAUCACCAUCCCCAAACGUUGCAACCUUGCUGAUCGCCCUGUCGGCUAUCAGUGUGGAGCUUACACUUUGCCCUGAAGACCGAAGGCCAUGGGUCAUAUUCUACCCUAUGCGACAGAAAACUGUAUGUUAUUCUUGCUAGAAUUUGCAUGCUAGCAAGAUGACCCAGCUAUUGAAGUUACUGUCACGCUCAAUCUUCUGAUUAAUAAAUAAUAAACUGCUUUGAGCUA